UCUUGUCUAGAUCAUUUUGAAUGACCUUUUCUGCUGCAACAGUGUUUGCCACUCCUCCUGUUUUUGUGUCAUCUCUCCACUCGGAGCUAGUCUUACUGCACAGCUCCUAGACGAUCCCCACCUUCAUUCAGGGAGCUAGUCUUACUGCACAGCUCCUAGACGAUCCCCACCUUCAUUCAGGGAGCUAGUCUUACUGCACAGCUCCUAGACGAUCCCCACCUUCAUUCAGGGAGCUAGUCCUACAGCACAGCUCUGAGACGAUCCCUACCUUCACUCAGGGAGCUAGUCCUACUGCACAGCUCUGAGACGAUCCCUACCUUCACUCAGGGAGCUAGUCCUACAGCACAGCUCCUAGACGAUCCACACCUUCACUCAGGGAGCUAGUGCUACUGCACAGCUCUGAGACGAUCCCUACCUUCACUCAGGGAACUAGUCCUACUGCAUAGCUCUGAGACGAUCCCUACCUUCACUCAGGGAGCUAGUCCUACUGCACAGCUCUGAGACGAUCCCUACCUUCACUCAGGGAGCUAGUCCUACUGCACAGCUCUGAGACGAUCCCUACCUUCACUCAGGGAGCUAGUCCUACUGCACAGCUCUGAGACGAUCCCCACCUUCAUUCAGGGAAAUAGUCCUACUGCACAGCUCUCAGACGAUCCCUACCUUCACUCAGGGAGCUAGUCCUGCACAGCUCUGAGACGAUCCCCACCUUCAUUCAGGGAGCUAGUCCUGCACAGCUCUGAGACACUGAGUCUGGUAGAUCAGCAGCAUGUGCAGUAUGUCUGGUAGAUCAGCAGCAUGUACAGUAUGUCUGGUAGAUCAGCAGCAUGUACAGUAUGUCUGGUAGAUCAGCAGCAUGUGCAGUAUGUCUAUUAGGAGAUCAGUAGCAUGUACAGUAUGUCUGGUAAGUUUCUAUUUCAUUUUCUGAACAGGGCACUGCAUUGUUCCUGAAAGUCACAUGGUACAGUUAUAGCUCUAUUUGCCUGUCUCACAGACACUUCCUGAACCUCGGACAAGCAAAAGUUCUCCGUUUUCAGGCAGGUGGAUACUGGAUUUGUUUGAAAGCUACUAAAAGAGACAAACACAGAAAAACAAAACAAAAUGUCCACUUUGGAAUUGCUUGAAGCUCUCUACACGAGGAAGGUGACGUUCUCAGAUUCAGAGUUGCUCCGGUACAGAGAGUUUGCAGAAGAAGUGGUCCGCACUCUCCUGCAAGAGGUUCAGAAACAGCGGCGGGACGGAGACCCGGAGAUCGGGACAGAGCCCAUCGGCACCGGCAGUGCCUUUGAGGGUGUGAAGGUGAAGCCAGAGCUGGAGUUUGACUUCAUGGUGCCGAUCCAGACCAAAAUACUACAGAUCGUUUUCUGCGACACUGAUCAGAACGUUCCCAGCCGCUUCGGGAUUGUCAAGACUGGAUCUGAAUCACAGAUUGUAUUCCAAUCUGCAUCCAAAUGGAAGAAGGGUGGAGAUUUUGAAGCAAAGUUCUGCAAGCAUGCCAAUGGUUACGGGUUGCUGCUGUCGGCUGAGAAGAUCCGGCAGUGGUUCCAGUCCCUGUCAGACCGCACUCUGCCAGCCCUCCAGCAGAUUUUCCCUGGAUCCACCUUCAGGUUCCAGCAGCACGGUCCCGCCAGGAACCUUAUCCUGACCAAGGAUGGGAAAGAGCUGAACGUCGAUAUCGUUCCGGCUAUCAAGUAUGAGAACGCCUUCCUUGUUGCGAAGCAGUGCUCCAGUAAGAUCAACCUUCCAAAUGAGGCCACAUGGAGGCUGUCCUUGUCCACCAGCGAGAGGGACUUUUUUAAGGAAAUGAAGCGUGUCCUGCCCUAUAAUUCCUGCCACCUCAAGUGCCUGAAGAUCCUCAAGUACCUCAGAGAGAACGACGAUCAGCUCUAUCCCUCAUCCCAGUUCACCCAUGGGAUUCAGUCCUACUACCUGAAGACUGCUCUCUUCCACUUGGUUAUGGAGUCCCCUCCCCAGGCCUGGGCCGCCGGCUGCCUGGAACAGCGGAUCAGAGAGAUGAUCGGCUACCUCAUCGACAGUCUGGUUAACAGGAACAUCCCGCACAUCUUCCUGGGGAACAAGCGGCAUCUGGGAAAUCGGCAAUGGAGCCUGGGCGUCCCUGUGAAGUUCUGCCACCACACCAGAGCAAACCUGCUGGAGGAUAUCAAACCAGAUACUAUGCAACAGGCCAGGCUGAGGCUGAUUAAAAUCAGGGAUGACCUCGAUGGGAUCCUCCGCCAAUAUCUGAAAGAAUAUCUGAAUGGUUCUGAGAGCCAGUCCUGGUGUGUGGUGGCGUGAUGUGAACCAGCCCCACUUCCAUGCAAUGAGUAGUCCUUUAUUUACCAGCUGGGACUCAAUGUAUCUCUAUUAAGACUGGGUAUUCCAAUACACACAUUCAAUGAGCUGCUUACAUAGGGGCAUCCUACUUUAUAAGGGAGGGUGGGGAUACUGAGCAGCUAAGCAUCAUCAGUUUCUGUUUGUGUUUGACAGGUUUUCCUUUGGAAAGGAAAUCACAAUUUCAAUGGGAAUCACUUAAAUAAAUAAACUAAUAAUUAAAAAAAUAAAAGCAAAACUGUAGUUUCCAAUUGAAAAACGCAGACACUCUCUUCAUCUCCAUCUGUCCAUGCAGGAUCCAGCUUCACAGAGCAGGGUGCAGGAGCUCAGGAUCCAGCUUCACAGAGCAGGGUGCAGGAGCUCAAGAUCCAGCUUCACAGAGCAGGGUGCAGGAGCUCAGGAUCCAGCUUCACAGAGCAGGGUGCAGGAGCUCAGGACUCAGCUUCACAGAGCAGGGUGCAGGAGCUCAGGACCCAGCUUCACAGAGCAGGGUGCAGGAGCUCAGGACCCAGCUUCACAGAGCAGGGUGCAGGAGCUCAGGACCCAGCUUCACAGAGCAGGGUGCAGGAGCUCAGGAUCCAGUUUCACAGAGCAGGGUGCAGGAGCUCAGGACCCAGCUUCACAGAGCAGGGUGCAGGAGCUCAGGACCCAGCUUCACAGAGCAGGGUGCAGGAGCUCAGGAUCCAGCUUCAUCUUGUUGCUGUGUAAUCGUCCCUGAACAAUGUGACUUCAACAGUAACCUGCUUUCACCUACAUCAUGAACCUUGCAUCAUAACAUGCAAUGUGAGAGACAAGUUCACACUGAGCUGCUAAACCUGUUUCCGAAAUGUUAUCUCUUUACAGGAAAAGCGCAUGUCAUCUUACUGCAUGUUCAGACCUGUUCAUCUCUUCAUAAUUGUAUUUGUAUGACUAUAUACACUAACUUUUUAUAAUGAAUCAAAAUAUUAAGUACUGAAUUUUUAAUACAGAAUGUAUUA